AUGAUGUAUACUGCUGCCCUUGUCCUCGCUAGCCUUGCGGCCGCUUCUCCCAUGGCCAGCCAGCCCGGUAGCGACUAUCCAGAAAAGUUCUCUUCCCAAGGCUUCCACCUGGUCGUCAACAACACCGAUCUGUCUCGCGAGCUUCCAGACCCUGUUCACCACAUGUUCCUUAGUAGCAUUCAUAUUGGCCCUCCUAGCAAUCUCCUUGGCACCAGCAGCACUGCUGAAACGCCGCGUGUCUUCUAUCAAAACGCAACCGAGGAUGAGUUUCGCUCCGGCCACGGCCAUAUCCUCUCUGACGGCGGUUCCCCUAGGAUCUCAUACGGCCUCAGCUCUCGCCUGGAAGAAAAUGUCGCCGACGCCUUUGUCUUCAGAUUAGACGCCGGUCCAGGCCAGCAUGGGGUUGCCAUUUCCCCAGGCCACCAUCCUUACGCCUUUCUCAAAGUGCCUGGGCUGGCACUCUGCAACGAGCCUGUCAAGUAUCACAACGGCAAGAGGAUGAAUAUCCUGAAGCAGUUCCCCAACCCCACCGGCACUCUUUGGAAGAUGCCCGAGGAGUGUGUUCCAGUCCGUCUGCUGCCGCAGUGCACCCAGCUUGAAGAUGCUCAACAAGGAGCCAUGUCCAGCCAUGAGUUUGUUCAGACCACGCACUGCUACAAGAACGUCUCUGCGAUUAACUGGUCCACGUACACACCUUUUGAUCAGAUUCAUUUCAAUAGUGUGGUGUGA